AAGAAUUGACAGCGUUAUUCUUGACAUAUUCUUGAAUUGUCAAGAAAUUGUAGUCUGUGGUGUUUGGGUUUAUCGCAAACUUUGCUGAAUUGAAUUGGAAACAAUUCUUUAAUUUUUAUAUGUGAAUAUUUUUCAUUGCAGGCAAUUACACGUGUUAAUCGCUAGUUAGCCUAUAGAUGGUAUCUGUUGUAACUGAACAUCUUGCUAAUCCAAUAUGAGUGUGGAUUCAAAAGUGUGCAUGUUAUGCUUACAAAGCGUUGAUGAAAACUCGCCGUGUUAUGCAUUAACAGAUAAUGGCAUCUUAAUGAAAAAGCUGGAAGAUAUCAUCCCGGAUAUUCAAAAGAAUCUGGAGUUGAUUGAAGAGCCUGUUAUUUGCAAUGCCUGUAACAAGCGCGUGAACGACUUAGAAACUUUCAAACAAAUGGUUCUAAAUAAUGAAUGCCAAAUGGUGAAAACUGAAUUACCGGACAAAAACGAAUACUUAAAAAAUUUGUCUGAGGAUACGGAUAUUUGUCGGUUGUGCUUGACAUCACCGACGUUCGACGAAUAUCGGGACAAAAAUCUGGAAGGCAAUAUUAAUGCGUUGUUGUUGCAAUGCAAUAUAAAUCUGAAAGUAGAUGUACCGAAGUUACAGAAAAUUUGCAAUGAUUGCUACAAAUCUGUGAUAUCAAUGGAGCAAAUCAUCUCAUCGAGUGCAAAGAAUGCAAAUCUAAUUAAAGAACUUGCUCUUAAACAAGCAAAAUUAACUUCGAACCAACUGCAAUCAAUAGCAAAUUUGGGACACAUUGAAAUCGAAAUAGCGGUUGACAAAACUCCUGAGCAAAACAGCUUAGACACCAAUCCUGACGCACUGAAUUUCAAUGAAAUUGAAAUGACAUCAACCACGUGCAUAAAAACUAAUGUUCCAGAGGAUGCAGAACGUUCCACUAUUGAAACAAACUUGAAAAUAAAGUCCUUGCCGAUAGAAAAUGAAAACCACCCACAAGUGUUAAAUACCAGCAAACCGUUGAAUACAUAUAAAAAGAGAGACAGAUCUUAUAAUGAUCAUUUGUCAUAUACAAAAGACGUCCCCUCAACAAGUAAAGCCGAGUUCGUGCCGAAUAAUGCUACAGAUCCACCAGUUUUGUUACAAGAGAAAGGUGAAGUAGAACUACAUGCAUCUAUAGAUGCGUCACCUGUAUUAAAUAUUUCUGAUAUAACUUUAAAUCUUGAUGAAAAGGGCAUAGUAGAAGAAACGGUUUCGGAAUGUAAUGCUACCCAGGAGCUUAUCGAUGUUCUCGAAGGCAGACUAAAUGAUCAGCAAGAUAAUUGUCAACCUUUGGAUAUGUUAGAAGAUGGACUUAGUGAUGGAAGCGAUGUUGCGAUUAAUAAUCUGCAAGAGGAAACAACAGAAGUCAAAAUAAUUAAUGCUGGUGUAUCGCAAAAUUAUAACAUUUCUUCCAAGUCCAACAUAGUAAAAAAAAAUAAUUUUCUAGUGAAGAAAGCGUACGUGAAACGGUCUAAAGCAGCAAAUGAAGCAGUUGCGUUACAGACUGCCACAGGAUCAAAGCAACCGAAUAUUUUGAGAAAAUCUCGCCCCAGAUCUGCUAAAAUUAUAAAUUAUAAUGAUUCAACAAAACUAGGAGACGAAGAAACACCAAUCGAUAUUGAGUCUGAUGAUGCUGUAUCAACAGAUGAAGAAAAGACUGCCAGACAAAAACAAAAUAAGAAAAAACGAGGUAAAAUUACUGAGGUCGCUGAAAAAGCCGAACCACCCAGGAAGAGGGCAAGGAAGAUGGCGGAAAUCAAGUCCACAAAUGAGACUGAUGAUCCAAGCACAUCUAACGAGAUAUUCGAAAGGGAAACGAGCCCUGUGGGACGUAGUAAUUCGGAUUCAGAAGAUUCGGAUGAUGGCAAAGCUGUUAAAAACGCCGAUAAUAAACAUGUGCAAAUAACCAUAAUAAAAGGGAAGCGAAAAAGCAAUAAAGCUCAGUUGGAUAAGACAUGGCAAGCCCUUACAGGCAAGGAUAAACCUAGUGCUAGCGCGGGAAAGAGCGUACAGGGUGCAGAAACUUUCCCAGUGAAAAGAAGAGGACGGCCACCAUUAAGCGCAGACAAGAAAGCCUCAAAACCAAACCGAAACGAGAGAGAAUGGGUGCAUUGCGAUGUAUGUCCUUACAAAACGUAUUCUACGAAUAGUUUUAUACAGCAUCAACUCAUUCAUAAUGUAAUGUCCACUGUUGAAGUCUUGAACUGCAAUGUAUGUGCAUUCAGUACAAGUAACGCACAGUUAAUGGAACAACAUAAGACUACCCACGAAACUCCUAAUUUAAUUUACAAAUGCAUAUUCUGUGAUGAUAUGUACAAGAGAAAAACUUCGUGCAUGUAUCACACGCUUCGGCAUGAUGAUCAAGAUGUGGCUAGCCAGUUCUAUUGUCUCGUGAUCAAUGAAUUGGCGUCAGAAGAAUAUUUUGAAUGUUAUCAGUGUGACUAUCAAAACCCAGAGGAGGCUGCUAUGCCAGACCAUGUUAUUGAUCACUCAGUUGUAAAAGCAGUAAAAAACCCAAUAGUGGCUAAAUUUAAGUGUAAGCAGUGCCAAUAUAGAACAAAGUCCGAGGAUAUGCUAGCACGGCACCUUCAUUUGCAUGAUGAAAAAAAGAAAAAGUUGGAUAAGUAUGUCAAAGUCAUAUCGACUAAAAUUAAAGAUGAGCCAGUUGAUGACGACGAUGAGGAAGAGCUUCCAUUAUUUAAAUGUACCAAAUGCCAUUAUGCAACCAGGCAAAAAAGAAGUUUAGCUAAUCAUAUUGGACUGAAACAUAACAGAACUGUUCGUCCUAUAGUCGCAGGAGAAGCAGCAAUGGCAAAAGCUACCGCAGAAGGACUGCCCAUGUAUUUUUGCAAUGAAUGCUCAUAUAGCACAUAUCGGAAAAUGAAUAUGCCUCGCCACAUGCUAGUUCACCGAACAAAAGAAACCAUGGAAAUGUUUGAAUGUCCGCAUUGUAUUUUCGAAACAAAACAUCGAAGAAGUUACACUCGACACAUGGAAGUUAAGCAUGGAGUUGUAGUGUAAAAUAAUGACAUCAAAAGUGGAAGUACCACGUAAUAAUUGGAAUCCAAACACCGCAAUGAAACGCGUCCCUUCAACUAAGUGUGCAUGAAAUUAAAAAUAUUAAGAACAUUUUUAUAUGUUAUCUAGAUAUAAAAAGGUAGACUAAUUACAUUUUUAUUGAUAUAGCAGUAGUGGUUGCUUGCAAGAUUCUUCGAGUUGUUUUGUUUUAUCUUACAUUAUUUAAAAGACAUGUACAUAUAUUAAAUGUAUCUAUUUUCCAAUAUUAUAGCGGUUACAUUUGAAAGUCUAGUUUUUUGUCCAAAAUUCUAUAUUUUUGCCGCUCGGAUAAUGUAACAUGUUAAGCAGGUUCCAAAAUACUAGUUAUAGCACGACUUUUCUUUUUUGCUUUAUUAGUUCUGUAAGUUGUACGUAUGUUUGCAAAUUAUUUCUAAUAUUAAAUUAGUAUAUUAAAACAUCGUUCCAAAUAUAUUUUUAUGUAUCGUACAAUCCCGUUUAACCUGAGAUUUACGUUCCACUAGAGUAGAUUGUAUUGUAUUGUAUAACCAUACAAUAAAAACGUAUUUAUUUCGCGUAUGGCAUAACAAAUGAAUAGUUACCAUUUUUUUAGAUCGUGCAGAUUUUUUUGCCAUUUUAUAAACAGUAUAUGUUAUUAUUCUGUGGAUUUUUAUGUGCUUUGAAGAUGAUGUCGUCGUUCAACUCUAUUAACCAUCUCAAAAAUUCGAUUAAUAAUUCUCACAUUUUCCAUGAGAAUAGUUUGGUUUAAUGGCAUACAGUUCAAUUUCGUCGUCAAUGGAUAUGUAGUCAUGUUUCCAUUUCGUAUUAUCUCCAGAACCGAUAAUUCUAGUUACAAAGCUUUUAGGGGUGUAAACCAUAAAAAAGAUUAUUAAGAACUAAACGUUAUAAUAUUAUCACUAUUUAAAUCAUUAUAUUUCAUACAGUUAUACUUACAAUAGCGGGAAUAACUUAUUGAAUUAAUAAAAUUACGUUCAUGUAACAGUAAUGACAAAAAGCAAUUCAGAUAAAAAACCUCGGAUUUCAGGAAAGCCCAAUGAUGCGUCCAAUUUUCAGAGAAUGUCAAUAUGUCCGGAAAAACUUGUUAAACCGGAACAGCGUUAAGCGAGGUCGUAUCGUAUAGAUUUUUUGGAACCUUCAUAAAUGUGAAUUUAUUUAGUUGAAAAAUAGCAUUUGACAAAGAUUCACGGUUGUUGUAUGUCACUGACUAAUUUAAAAUUUAUGUACAAUUAAGUUUAAGUAUAUAUAAGUAUAUGUAAAGAGGAACUUUAUUUUAUAGCUACUAAUGUGUAACAUUUUCACACAAUCUUUAUGGAAUGUUAACUUAAGUAUUAUCUAUUAUGAAUUAUUCAAAUAUAUGCAUAGUUUUUCAAGUGA